ACCUAUCAAUUAUAACCCGCCUUUCUAAAGUUAAAACAGUUGUUGCGGCAUUUUUAUGUUUUGUAAAUUGUUGUGAUUGUGUUUUAUUCGGUUGUAUUUAUAUUAAUUUUAAUAUCCACGGCAUUUUUGUAAAAUAUAAAAAUAUAUAUAUAUUGUGACUCUGUAAUCUGUAUACAUAAAGAGUAUUUAAACAAUGUCAGAUUUUUCUGAACUUCUACAAGAAGCUGAGAAGCUUACAAGUGAUUUGGAGGGUACAACUGAACUUCCAAAAGUUGAACGAUCAUUAAAACAAGUUUUAGAAGCCUCAAAUGAUUUAUAUUCAAGAGUUGCUCAAACAGGCGCAAAAGACAUACAAGCAAAUUUGUUAUUGGGUUCAAAAGGAAUUGACCUACCUAAAAUUGUUCAAAAAUUGGAAUCUAUAAGCACUAAAAGAACAUUUGAACCAAUACAACCUGUAGAAGAUUUAGAUAUAUCAAGUAAACUUGAAAAUGAAGUCCGUAACAAAAUUUUGGCAGCAUUUGAUUCAGGAUAUAAUGAGAUGUUAGAAUCUGUAUAUGAGAAUUCGUGGGAACAUCAAGAGGCUGAAUGGAAGCAACAAAAGCGCAAGGUUCUUACUGCAAUGGGAGGAUUCUCAGGAGCUUGUGUGGAAAUUGGAAAACAUGUCGGCAUAUUAAUUGAUAAACCUGCUCCUGCUUUAGCUAACUUGGGUCCUAUUGAAACUAUAUAUGUUUCGAAAAUUAUAGAAUAUAAUAAUAUUUUUGGAAGAGGUCCACACAAAUUAAAUCUCGUCAAUGUAUUUUCUAAUUUAGCCAAUGAAUUUAAAGAUGCUAAAAUUAAAGACAUGUGGGAGAUAGUAAAGUAUAUGGUACAGUUGCCACCAUUCCCACAGUCCGAAGAUAUAAUUAAAACACGAACAUCUAAAAAUUUCAUAGAAGCGCUUGUUUCUCAAGGAAAAAAAUACUUAGAAGAUAGGUAUAAAACAUAUAUGACAAACAUCAUAAAUGAAAAUUUGUCACAAGCCUUACGUGGUGGUAUACCAGGCACCUACUCUCUAGUACGCAGCUUUGUUGGAUUGAGACUUCAAGGCGAAUAUUUAGGCUUACAAGAUGGAACAAUAGAUGACAGACCUUUGUGGCCCAUGGUCUAUUAUUGUUUGAGAUCAGGUGACCUAUCUGCAGCCAUUUAUUGCCUCAGAAAAAGUUGCCUUCCUGAAUUCCAAGAACUAAUCUCAAUUCUCGAGACUAAACUAAACAACCCAGCAAGUCCGGAAAUUACAAAGUUAGAGGAUAACAUUAGGUUUUCAUACAGAAGGGUUGUCAGAAAUGAUACUGAUCCUUUUAAGAGAAUCAUUUGGGCUGUUCUCGGUUGCUGUGAUGUAUCUGACGAACACAGUGAGGUAGCCAGAACCGCUGAUGAUUACCUUUGGUUGAAAUUGAGUCUCGUCAGGGUUGAUUAUAAUAAGGAUGAUUAUGUUAAGUAUGAAGAUCUACAGUACAUAAUAUUAGAAGAAUAUGGCGAGACUCAUUAUGAUGCAUUUAACCAACCCCACUUGUAUUUUCAAGUAUUAACAUUAACAGGUCAGUUUGAAGCAGCUAUUGAAUUUCUCUCACGAAUCGAAAAAUUCAGAGUACAUGCUGUUCACAUGGCUAUUGCACUUAACGAGUUAUAUAUGUUGGCUGGCCCACAAGAUACUAGUUCUCCACUUAUAUGUAUUGACCCGAUGGAUCCUAAACCGGCCCGACGUCUAAACCUGGCACGUCUCAUAAUGCUUUACGUGCGCAAAUUUGAACUGAUAUGCAUCAACGAAGCCUUACACUAUUUCUUUUUAUUGAGAAAUUACAACGAUGCCGAGGGCCAAAGUUUGUUCAAAGUAUGCGUCUCUGAUCUGGCCAUUGAAACUAAGGUAUAUGAAAAAAUAUUGGGAACUAUCCAAAGAAAUGGUAUUAGAUCCAAAGGGCUGCUAGAUCAGUUCACAAAUGCGAACAUUACUGUUGAAGGGGUGGCUCAAAUGAUUGCAGGGAAUUUAGAAAAGAAGGGUUUGUUCGAGGAAGCAAUCGAGUUGUACGAUAUAGCAAAUAUGCAAGAAGAUGUGCUGAGACUUAUGUGUGGAAUGUUGUCGAGAGUAGCUCAUUUAGAAAGUGAACCGGAUUCCCUUAGAAUUCGUUUACAGGAAAAAGCUGUUCUCUUUGGAGAGCGUUAUUCUAGAGAAGGCUACAAAACCUCUUCCAGUAUGGUCAACUCAUUUAUUAAACUAAAGGAUCUCCUUACAUUUUUCGAUCAAUAUCACGCAAAACAAUAUGCGCAUGCAAUGAAGAUACUCAAUGAACUGCAAAUUGUUCCUUUAAGAAGUGAAGAUCUCGAUGACAGGGUAAAAAAUUUCAAAAGUCUAAAUGCAGAUGUGUGUAAAGUGAUGCCAGAUAUUUUGUUAGCUACAAUGAAUAUGUUAUUUGCGCAGUACCAAAAAAUUAAGGGAAAUAACGAGUAUAUUCCCAGAUACCAAGAUGGAUCAAUGGAAAUGCAAUUGAAACAUUUAAGGGAACAAGCUAAAUGUAUAACAAAUUUUACUGGAAUGUUACCAUAUAGGAUGCCAGGGGAUACAAAUAGUAGAUUGGUUCAAAUGGAAAUAUUAAUGCAUUAGUCUAUAGUUUCAUCUUUUGUAUUAUAAUAAUUGUUUGUAAUAAAAUUUGUAAUCAUAA